UACCUCAAAUUAGGCUUCAGAAUUUGGCAAUAUUGAAUUCAUGUAGUUUGUUGACGCCAUAGAUCCUAAAAUUACUGUUUUUACAUUUGAUUCAUUCGGAUGUAGGUCGUUAAUUGAAUCUCUGUGGCCUUGCAAGGCCAUGUAGAGACUCUUUAAUAAUUUUUAUAUUUUAAAAAAAUCUAGGUAUUUUAAAACAAAUUUUUCAUUAUUUAUUUUACGUCUUUGAAAUAUUCGCGAUAUUUGAUCUGUGAUAUAUGUUUGCCUUCACAACUUACUUUUUCGAUAAGUAGGGUAAACAAUUGUAUAAAUAACAUCACGAACUGGACAGAUUCUCUAAUGAAGAACCAAAGGUUUUAGCAUUGGUGUGCUUGGAUAAAUUGAAUCAGCUCUCAAGAUGUAUUGAUUGAUAUUAGGAAAAAUGACUAAGCCUUUCCUUAGGCGUAUUAUUUUAGAAAUGAAGUUCACAUUUAAAUUAUUGUAAAUUGCAUUACAAAAGCAUACAAAACAGUCAUCAAUAUGAUGCAAAGCAACAGAAGAAAAGGCAGGGCUGCCACAAAUAGCAAACCUGGGAAAUCCAAAGCAUAUAAUGAUAAAAGUGUUCCGUAUGAAGGCAUUUUCAGCAAUACAAAAUUGAUGCAUUCAACAAUCUCCUUAGUGGGCUCUGUUGUUCAAGUACAAGUACGAACUGGAGAGAUGUUUGAAGGCAUUUUCUUAACUUUUUCAAAAGAGCUUGACUUGGUGCUAGAAACAGCACAUAAAGUGAGUUCAAAUAGUUUGACAUCAAAAAAUCUGAGCAGUGCAGUUAGUAACUUACUAGAAUCCUUUCCGUUUGAAGAGGGGGUUAAAGGAAAAGUUAUUUUUAAGUUCAAAGAUGUUGUCCAGGUAUUUGCUGGAAAUAUUGAUACUGAUUUUGCAGUCAAAGAUAAUUUUACUGACACUGCCAUCAGUAAAUAUAAUGGACAAAUUUUAGCAGAAAGAGAACUUGAACCUUGGGAAGGAGCGUCUAGUGACAAUGAAACUCUAGCUUUGGGUGGUGAUGAUGAUGGAGCUAAUGGAUGGGAUGCAAAUGAUAUGUUUCGAUUAAAUGCGGAGAAGUAUGGUGUCACAUCUAGCUAUGAUAAAUCGCUUCAUGAAUAUACUGUUCCACUCAAUAAAAAAGAUACUGAUGAAUAUAAACUGAAAGAAGCUCAAGCAAUGAAAAUAGCUGGAGAAAUUGAAAAGAACAACUCAUAUCAAGAAAGAAUUCAACUUGAAAAUGGAGAUGAAGAAGAUAGAUUUAGUGCAGUUGUCAGACCAGAAAAUACAUCUUCUUCAAAGUAUGUCUUGCCUCAAAAACGAAGAAACUUAACAGGACCUAAAAGGCAAAAUUCGACAACUUCAUUGUCUCCAGUCCAUGCCACUGGUUCUAAGCCUUAUCCAGCGCCGCACACAUCCGCCAAUACUCUUCCUGGCAAACAGUACUUGCACUCCCACAGUACUGAAAACAAACCUCCCUCUCCAUCAUUCCCUCCCAAUACUGGCUCAAGUUCCAUGUCUCUGCCGCCUGUGCCAAAAGAUUCCUCUGACAAAUCUCUCAAUGGAGAUGGACAAUCUGGAAAGGAAAUGACAAAAUCUAUGUCUGUAGAAAGUGUUCCUCCGUCAGGACCUCCUGUUUUGAAUAAACAACAGCAGCAGCACCAUGUGAUGUGCCCACCUUCUUCCCAGACUUUGCCUCCAAGGAUAGAAAGGAGACGGGAAAGUGAGAAAAAACUUUUGAAACAAAAAGGAAGAAAUGAUGAAAUAGCAGAAUUUAAGAAAUUUAGUUCUAAUUUUAAGUUGACAGAAGAAAAUAAAGAUUGUAAUGAUAUUCGAGAAGAAUUUAUUAGUAGUGAGAACAAAAGUGAACAAAAUAUGUUAGCUAACAAAUUAUCGGAACAAGUUAAAAUAGACUCUGAAGAUAAAACUACAGAUAUAUCGAAAUCUACUUUGAAUCCGAAUGCAAAGGAAUUUGUAUUUAAUCCAAAUGCAAAAUCAUUCACUCCGCGCUCGAUGUCUGUGACAAGUCCCCAUACACCAGUACCUGUUCAGCCCCAACGAAUGCAGGCUCAAAGUCCAGUAAUUACGAUUCCUCCAUCUCAGGUUAUACCGGGCAUGCCACAGCCAAUAUUCACUGCAAUGGCUCCACAAUAUGUUAUGCAGGCUACUCCUGUUAGUAUGGCCAUUUCAACUCCAUUCAGUGCAGCAUCUUUGACUCAAGCACCAAGAUUCAGGAAAGUGCCCAUAACUAUGCAACCAAGACACGACAUUACACCAUCGAUGCACGUGGCGGCAGCAACUGGACAGCCAAUUUUAGCACCUGCAGCAAUGCCUACUCCUUCACAGCUAACAAUGCAGUAUGCUAAUGCUCCAAGAGUGAUCCAUACUUCAGGGCCUCCUCAGCAGGCAAUGGGAUACCCUCAAAUGAAUUUUGUUGUUGGACCUUCAAGGGUUGUUCCUCAACAGCAAGUCGGUGUAGUGCCUACAUCUCACUCAGUUUCCUACUGCGACACUUCCCAGCUUCAAACCCAUCAUCUACUGAAUAAAUAUUUUAUUGCAGUGUCUGCCCAUCCAGGAGCAGGCAUGCCCGGGUCAGCUGCCCACUCUCUACAGCAAGGUGGACAGCAUUCCAAUCACCACCCACCUCAGUCCCAAACUCCAGGCGUGCAUCCAUCACCGUCACCUGUACACCAGGUCCCCACGCCACACGGAAACCACUCUCAGCCACCAACACCCACUACCGUAAUGUAUCCUGCUGGUGCUAUGGGUCAGCACCCACUGCAAAGUGUCUCACACCCCAGCCACAAUCAGCCUAUGAACCAUCCAUUGCAUCAAGCUCACCAUCCAGGAUUUCCAAGUGGGCCCCAGCCAGUGGUGUUGAUGCAACAGCAACAGCCACCGACCCACCAUGGGCACCAGCCUGGUGCUGCCCACCAUGCUUUGCAUAUGCAUUCUCUACACAGCCAGAAUCAUGGUAACCAUAUGGGAGGGCCUGCUCACAUUCUCCCACAAAUGACAAUAAUCCCAACAAGUGCUGCUAUGCCUGCUACAAUAUCUACUCCUCCAUACGUUCAACAUCCUCAAGGAGUAUGAACACAAAUAUUUUUAAAAGAAAUGUUGAAGAAUAAUGACAACAUUAGUUCAUUUUAUUUAUUUCGAUGAGGAAGCUCAGACAAAAGUUAAAGAUAAUUCUUUAGCUAAUAGACAAAUAAAAAAUUCCUUUAUUGUA